AGCCCAGAGCAGGAGUUAGGGGGCGUGGCUUCAGAGACGCCUGCGCGGAGGCGGUUAGAGGGAGGCCCGAUUCCCCUUUGUUCAGGUUCGCCAUUUUGCGAGGCAGCGGCAGUGGCGGCGGCAGCGGCGGCUGGAGCCUCUGAUUGGGUUUCGGAGUCCGGUACUGGAGCCAAUCAGCGCGGGCAGCGAACCGGGGGAGCGAGGCACGAGUCUUCCAGGAUCUCCAGAGUGAAGCUCACUGUGGACAGAAUUCUAACUUGGAGGGACCAUGGAGCAGUACACAGCAAACAGCAAUAGUUCCACAGAGCAAAUUGUUGUGCAGGCUGGACAGAUUCAGCAGCAGCAGCAGGGUGGUGUCACUGCUGUCCAGUUGCAGACUGAGGCCCAGGUGGCAUCCGCCUCAGGCCAGCAAGUCCAGACCCUGCAGGUCCAGGGGCAGCCACUAAUGGUACAGGUCAGUGGAGGCCAGUUAAUCACAUCAACAGGCCAACCUAUCAUGGUCCAAGCUGUCCCUGGUGGACAAGGUCAAACCAUUAUGCAAGUACCUGUGUCUGGGACACAGGGUUUGCAGCAGAUACAGUUGGUCCCACCUGGACAAAUCCAGAUCCAGGGUGGGCAAGCUGUGCAGGUACAGGGCCAGCAGGGACAAACCCAGCAAAUCAUCAUCCAGCAGCCCCAGACAGCCGUCACCGCUGGCCAAACUCAGACACAGCAGCAGAUUGCUGUCCAGGGGCAGCAAGUGGCACAGACUGCUGAAGGGCAAACUAUUGUCUAUCAGCCAGUUAAUGCAGAUGGCACCAUUCUCCAGCAAGUUACAGUCCCUGUUUCAGGCAUGAUCACCAUCCCAGCAGCCAGUUUGGCAGGAGCACAGAUUGUUCAGACAGGAGCCAAUACCAACACAACCAGCAGUGGACAAGGGACUGUUACUGUGACACUACCAGUGGCGGGAAAUGUGGUCAAUUCAGGGGGAAUGGUCAUGAUGGUACCUGGGGCUGGCUCUGUACCUGCUAUUCAAAGAAUCCCCCUACCUGGAGCAGAGAUGCUUGAAGAAGAGCCUCUCUAUGUGAAUGCCAAACAGUACCACCGUAUUCUUAAGAGGAGGCAAGCCCGGGCGAAAUUAGAGGCAGAAGGGAAAAUUCCAAAGGAAAGACGGAAAUACCUGCAUGAGUCCCGGCAUCGUCAUGCCAUGGCACGGAAGCGUGGUGAAGGUGGACGAUUUUUCUCCCCAAAGGAAAAAGAUAGUCCUCAUAUGCAGGAUCCAAACCAAGCUGAUGAAGAAGCUAUGACACAGAUAAUCCGAGUGUCCUAACCAUAGGCCAUGUAAUGGAACUGAUCAAGGUGGGUUCCCUGCCACUGUUUCCCACUGGUCCAGGAAAUUGAUCAUCUCUUCCAAUGGGACACAAAUGAUCACAUUCUGCCCUUUUCUACAGGACAGAAACCACUUAGUUUUUAAUAAGUGGCUCAGUAUUAUAAUUGCAGCAAUGUCUGGCAAAUUGAAGUUGCAGCCCUUGUCCUACUUUUCCAGUCAGGACCUAUUUCAGACUGUUGAAGACAUUGACAUUUCAUGGAUUAAGAUGACGUAAGGAGACACAUGCCAGCCCAGCAGUACACAAGCACUUACGUUGACUGCUAAAGCCAGCCGGCUACCUCAGCAGGGGAGAACAACUCUCAACCCGACCUCUAGUCAGAGAAGCCACGGCCUUCCCAUGGAAUCUAAACAGCAUCCAUCCCUCUGGUCAUGGAUUUCCGGCUAACUAACUGAAUGGACACUUUAUAUUCCGAGAUGACUUCCAGGCAGGGAAGUUCCAUCUUGCGAUGUGGAAAUAAUAAAUUCUCUGAGAUACAUUCAUCUGAUCUGUGGUAAUAAGAAUUUCUGUCUGCCCAGAUGAUAGGUUGAUACUUUUGGACUCCAACCAAGAAAAAGCUAACUGGGGAUAGGAUGAUAAAAGACUCAAGCACUAAAAAUGUACAUUGCUAAAUCUUUUUUCCUUUUUUAAUCUUUGAAAGUGUGGUCUGCUUGUCCCUCUGUUGAUGGGUCAUCUGGACCAUGGUUCUUGCUGUGACUAUUUCUAAGACAACUUAGAGGGUAUUGGACUUUGGAACUACCUUUCCAAAAUAGAGAGAAAAACUAUUGUACAACUUUUGUGCUGAAGCGCUGAGGACAUCUGUAGUAUCUCAAACAGAGAGCCAAACUUGAGAUUUUCAAUCAUAGGCUUUGUGAUAACAUUUGGGAAAUCGUCAACCUAAGAGGAGAGAGAGAGUAGUAUGUAUGUAUACCCAUAUGUUGUCACGGAGCGUGAUUCUCCAGUGGAUGGAUACCUAGGAUGGAUCAUUAAGAAGAGAUUAAUUCACAUUUACACUAAAACCUUUUAACAAGCACUGAAAGGGAGAUGUCCAAGAUUUGGUCCUUGACAAUUUUUGGAAAGCACUGUUCAAUCAUGCUGUCCUGGAUAUUGUCCAGGUGACCUGCUAGGGCUUGAGGUGGAUGUUGACGUCACUCUUGCCGCACAUUGUGCUGGCCCCAGAGAGUGAACAUUCUUCUCAUUCUUCCCGUGGCAGCUGAUUAUUUGGUGCCAGUUUUCAUUUGUUUUCCCUUUCUCCAUAGGCCUUGCACAGAAGCAUUUUUACAUUGCAUCAUAUUGUGGGAAUAAGCUGCAGAAAUAGAAAUAGAGAUGCCUGCAGGCUCAGGACCUGGGCAGUGGUUCUCAGAAUGGGUUGUGCCUCAGAAAUUUCUUUUCUAGAUGUUGAACCCCGGAAGAACUAAGAUAUUUCAGAAGAAUUUGCUACCUUCUUUGGAAACAAAGGUUUAAAUACCAAGGAUAAAGACUGGCCUUUUCUUCUUUGAUUUCAGUCUAAAUAUAUUAAGAACGGAAAAGAAGAAACAAAAACAUCACAAAGGGAAAUCAUUGUUAUGGUAAAAACAGAAGUGCAAAGCUAUGCAAAGGAAAUAGGAAGUGAAAUCUUCCUAGUCUGGGGGAUCUAGUAUCUGUCUUGGCUUCCAGAUGACCAAAGGGCCUAUCCUUUGGUAAGCAUACUACAAACUUCUGGCUCUUCACAAGUGUUCAGAAAACUCAGUUUUUCAGAUGCUAGAUACUAAGAACAGUGAGGAAUUUGUAUACCUUAUUUAUCUUAGUAGUCCAGGAUACAGAGUUCAGAAAGAGAUUCAUCUGACCUAAUUUUUAGUGUUUAAGCCACCAACAGUUCUAAAAUGCUAUUUAUUUGUGUCUAUAAGUUUGUACAUAGUAAUACCCACCUCAUUGUUGCUUAAUUUGGCAAGGGGGCAGUGAGUUUGAAUUUUUGUUUGAAAUGAAAUGCUUUAGUUGUCAUUUUGUCAGAUAGCUCAUGACCUUCUGUGGUCAUUUUAAUACCGUAACAGCCCACAAAGUGGGGGCAGGGUAUUGAUGUUUGGAUUUAUUCUUUAUUUGUUACUAGUUCUUUUACUCAUUUUUCUUUGUGACUGUAGUAUAACUUCACGGAUGCAGAAAGAGUGAAUGGAUGAAUGAAUAAUUGGUUUAAUGCUAGUUAUGUCAUUUGAGUGCUUUUUUUUUUUUGCAGGAUAAUUGUAAAUGUAUAUAUUUUAAUUGCACUGGUACAUUGAACAUGUCAGUGUCUAUACCACUGGACCAACAGCAUUUUCUGACUAUAGGGUGCCUGAUAUUAAUAAUGUCUUGAUUUUCCUUUGGGACUCAUCCAUAAAGAAGUUUUUUUCCCUCCAGUAGUAGGGGAAGAACAGGUGAUCACUGAUGUCAUUGCAAUUGUUAUUUUUAAAAAUAAAUUCAUAAAAAUA